GCCGCUCCGAUCGUCAGUCGUACCUCGAACAACCAUCGUACAACCAUGAAACCCUUCGGCAUUGCCCUGUUAUGCGUUUAUCUCGCUAGUGCGGUACUCUGUGCUGAAAUAAAAAAUCCUGAAACCGUAUCAGAAACGCUGGAAACUGAAGCUCUUAAAGAUCCACUGCCAGAAGAAGUUCCUGAAGAUAAGGUUAGGAGCAAGAAGUCCGCUACCACCACUCUCUGCGUAGAAAUCCGACCUGGACCAGACCAGAAGCCUUAUCAAGUGUGCGAACAGCCGGCACCCUAUGCAGCUCCAGAGGCAGCACCUCAGCAAGCUUAUGCCAAGCCGGCACCAGCUUACGCUCCAGCCAGCAAGUCGUACGCAGCUCCAGCUCCGGCUCCAGCUCCUAAACCAUACUCCGCAGCUCACAGUCCUUCGUACUCUAGUUACAGGAAUGCCGAAGAAGAAGAGGAAAUGAUGAACGCUGAAGAAGUCGAAACCAUGAUGAGAAUGGGAGCGGUUUCUGCCGAAGACGAGGCCGAAGAAGAAAUGAACGAUAUGGGUUCGAACAUGAGAAAGGCCAGUGCAGGAUACGGAGGAUACGGAGCUCCUAGUUACGGAGGACAGUCUCAUUACGGAGGAGCCUCUGCCAGUAGCUACGGAGGAGGAGCUGGCUAUGGCGCUGCACCAGCUCAUCAUUCCCUGAACUUCGUCCCUGCCGACUACAAGAAGAAGCCACACAGCGGCGUAGUCAUCACCUGCCAACCCAACUUGGCAGGAUAUUCCCACGGCGUGGCAGGAGGAUACGGAGGAGCGGGAGGAUCAUCAGGAUACUACAGGUCGUCUACCAGCGGCUACGCUAGGCCUUACUCUUACGGAUCUUAUUCACAACCUGCUUCCUACAGGGCUCCAGCUUCCUAUGGGUAUCCAGCACCUCAGCCAGCCUACAGCGCACCGGCUCCACCAGCUUAUCCUGCACCGGCCAAGGGUUACGGAGCUCCGGCCAAGGGUUACAGCGCUCCAGCUCCUUCCUAUGCUGCCCCGGCGAAGCCUUACAGUCCGCCAGCUCCGGUCCCGUCGUACUCUGCUCCUGCUCCAAGUUAUGCACCUGCGCCAGCUUAUUCAGCACCUGCAGCUCCCGCCUCAGCUUACUCUGCACCAGCUCCAGCCUAUUCUGCACCGGCUCCAGCAUAUUCAGCUCCUGCGCCAGCCUAUUCCGCACCAGCUCCAGCGCCAGCUUAUUCUCCGCCUGCUCCAGCCUAUUCAGCUCCUGCUCCUGCCUAUUCCGCACCAGCACCAUCUUAUUCAGCAUCUGCUCCUGCCUAUUCAGCACCAGCUCCUGCCUAUUCAGCACCAGCUCCUGCCUAUUCAGCACCAGCUCCUGCCUAUUCAGCACCUACUCCUGCCUAUUCCGCACCAUCACCAUCUUAUUCAGCUCCUGCGCCUGCCUAUUCAGCUCCUGCACCAGCAUAUUCAGCACCAGCUCCAGCGCCAGCUUAUUCAGCACCAGCUCCUGCCUAUUCAGCUCCUGCACCAGCCUAUUCAGCACCUGCACCCGCAUAUUCACCCCCAGCGAAGCCAUAUAGCCCACCCGCGCCUGUCUAUCCUGCUGCUGCUCCUUCUUACUCUGCUCCAGCUGCCAGUUACAAAGCUCCUCCGACCUACGGUGCUUACAGAACUGCGGAAGAGACCAAAGAAGCCUCCAACACAGAGAAAAUGAUGAUGAAGGAGAUGCACACGCAAAAGAAGAUGGAGGAGAUCGCUAUGGAGAGAUCGGCUCACAAAAUGAAGACUGAAGAUAAGAAAGAAUCGAAGACUGAGGAAGAGAAAGUCGGAGAGACUCACGAGCAUAUGAAAGCUGGACAAGGAUGGGAAAUGAGGAGCUCUGAGAUGGAAAAAGAGCCGGAAAAGAAGCAGGUCGAUGAGGUUAAAGUGGAUCCAAGCGAAUUGAAUGAAACCAAGGACGGUUCUGCUAAUCCAAGAGCAUCAGAUGAUAACAAACAAGGAUGGUCGUCUUUGAGCAAAACAGGAGACAAACCUCAGGGAUGGAACAGCAAACUGAGAGGAGCCCAGGAAGAAGUAGAAAACGAAAUCGACUAAAUUUAUGAAUAUUUUUUUAGUUAGGUUUUUAUAAUCGUACUGUAUAUUUAUCCAACAUUAUUUGUAGAUAUUUUUAUACUUUUGUACUGUUGUUUGGAAUAAAAGCAAAAUAUUGAAUGAAA